AUGAACCAAUUACAGUCUGAAAUCACCCAAUUAGAAUCUAAUCCUGCUAAAAACCAAGCCGAAUUAGAAUCUAAAAGAAAGAAAUUAAAAGAAUUACAAGACCGAGAAAAAACCCUUACUAAAUCUUUACCCCUAAAUACCCAAAUCACCAUCUUACAAAAAGAAAUCAAACAAUUAGAAAAUAAAUCCACUCGAACUAAGGCUGAAGAAGCCCUUUUAUCUGAAAAAAAGAAGCAGUUAGAAGAGUUAUUAAAAAAACAGCAAGUUGCUAAUAAUGCUAAACCAACUGAUAAAACUGCUCUUUAUAUUGGUUUAGCAAUUGGAGCAGUAGUUUUAAUUGGUUUAGUAGUUAUUUUAAAUUAUCCCAAAGAAAAAAGAAGUCAAGUAGAAGAAAUCUAUCUCACUGAACCUAAUUUAGAAGGGGAAUUGGAUUUAGAGGAUUUUACUUAUAAGAAUUAUAUAGAUGGUGCAAAUGUAAAAGUAUAUAUUUCUCUCCAAGUAGAUGAAACCAAACUAACUUUUAAAAACAAGCCAGAAAGGACUAAGAUUAGUUUGGUAAAUGCUGAAAGGGAUAUUAAUUAUCACUAUCCUACUAAAAAAGCAAGAGAAAAAACAACUAAGUUAGAUAUUGAAGCUUUUUUAACUGAGGCGGUUAAUUUAGAAAAACUUCAUUUAAAUAACAACAAAUUUACUGGUUCCUUAGAUUAUUUAAGUAAUCUGAAGCAAUUAAAAGAACUUAAGCUUAGCAACACGGAUCUAAAUGAAGUCAAUAUCGAGCAAUUACCUCGGAGUUUAGAGAAAAUUGAAUACUCUACUGAUAAAAGACCAGAUUGUAAAUUAACUGAAAUUGUUUCCCAAUUAGAGAAAUACGAAAAAUAUGAAAAAGAUGAACAAGGUCAGCCUAAACUUUUAGCGGAAGGAGGUUUUAUUGUAGUUCUCAAAUCUAUUACUAACUCCCAAAACAUCACCUUAGAAUUUUUAAACGAGAUUGCUAAUACUAAGUUGGUUGAUGAUGAUUAUAGGGUUGUAAAAUGCCAUGGUAUUUCCCAAGACCCGGUAACUAAAAAUUAUCUAAUGGUAAUUUCAUAUGAGGAAGGUGGCAAUUUAAGACAAAUUUUACAAAAUAAUAAGGGAUUAAGUUUGAGAGAUAAAAUUUAUAAUUUAAGAACUAUUGCUAAUGGAUUAAAUGUUAUUCACGAACAAAACCUAGUCCAUCGGGAUUUCCAUAGUGGGAAUAUAGUAGGAAGAUUUAGGAUCACCGAUCUCGGUUUAUGUCAACCAGUUAAUUAUCAAAAAAAAGUUGGGCAAAUUUUUGGGGUGUUGCCUUACAUAGCCCCCGAAGUUUUACAAGGUCAACCUUAUACUCAAGCCAGUGAUAUUUACUCUUGGGGUAUAAUUGCUUACGAAUACUUGGCUCAGGCUUAUCCUUAUGCGGAUAAAAACUUAAAUGAUACUGGUUUAGCCUUGGAAGUAUGUAAUGGUUUACGCCCGGAGAUAGAUAAAGUUCCUCUACCUCAUUGGUAUGAGGAAAUUUUAUAUGAAAAUAAAGAAAAAACUGAAUUCUACCACCAAUACCAAGCCCUCGAACAAGAAUACCACACUUUCUCCCAAAACACUCCUUAUCAAAUCCAUCCUACUGCUAUUACCCAUAGUAAAGCCAUCAAUACUCAACAAAUCACUCAAUUAUUACAAAAAAUUAAACCAACUUCCAAUUUAGAAGCAAUCAUAGAAAUACCAGAAACUAGUUAUUCUCUAGAAGAUGAUUUUGGUCUUGAUGAAUUAAAUCUCGAAGACACUCAAACUGAACAAGAAACAACCACUUCUCAAAUCCAAAUCCCACCUAAAUAA